AUGGAGAGUCAAGCAAAAGAAACAGCGACUAAGGACGCUACCCCCUCGAACCCCCGCGGCAUUCCGUAUGCGCCGUUCGUCGACAAGGUCGAGGACUAUGUGUCGUCGCGGGACGAUGUUGAGCCGACGCUGCGGCGAUUCCAAGAGCUGAUUGCGAAGUAUCAGUUCAUGGAGCAAAACCUGCAGCGGAGGGUAGCCGGUCUGAAGGAUAAGAUGCCAGACAUCCAAAAGACCCUGGAUACGGUGCGGUUCUUGAAGCUCAGGACGUCCGAGUCGGAUUCGAUUGAGACGACCUUUGAGCUGAACGACACGCUCUAUGCGAAGGCCGAGAUUCCGCCGACGGACGAGGUCUAUCUCUGGCUUGGUGCCAACGUCAUGCUAGCGUAUCCUCUCGACGAGGCAGAGCAGCUCCUAGAUUCGAAGCUCAAGGCAGCAAAGCAGAGUCUGGCCAACUGCGAAGAGGACCUGGACUUUCUGCGCGAGCAGAUCACGACCAUGGAGGUCGCCAUCGCGAGAGUGUACAACUGGGACGUCGUACAAAAGCGCAAGGAGAAGGAGGAGGAAGAGAGGAGGAAAGGAAAGAGCUCAUAA